AUGCAGAUGGGAGAUGAAACCAGACAAAGGGUGAAGUUUACAGACGAUCGUGUUUGCAAGAGCCACCUUCUGGAUUGCUGUCCUCAUGAUAUCCUGGCUGGAACACGAAUGGACCUGGGAGAAUGUACGAAGAUCCAUGACUUGGCACUGCGAGCAGAUUACGAGAUUGCGAGUAAAGAGAGAGACCUGUUUUUUGAGCUGGAUGCGAUGGAUCACCUGGAAUCCUUCAUCGCAGAGUGUGAUAGGAGAACAGAACUGGCCAAGAAACGCCUGGCUGAGACACAGGAAGAGAUCAGUGCUGAAGUGUCUGCAAAGGCAGAGAAAGUACAUGAGCUGAAUGAAGACAUUGGAAAACUCCUAGCUAAAGCUGAACAGCUAGGAGCUGAAGGAAAUGUUGAUGAGUCUCAAAAGAUCCUGAUGGAAGUGGAGAAAGUCCGAGCAAAAAAGAAAGAGGCAGAG